GUUACAUUCUUCUGCAGCAGUUUAUUCAGGGUAAAUCGUGUGAUAAAUAUGCUUAAAAUAGUGACAGUAUAAUGUGAUCAACAGACAAACAUGGUGGACAACAUUUUAUUUACGUUUAUUUUGUUUGCUGGAUUUACAGGUACAUUUGCGACAUCUACGAGGCCUGCUCCUUUCUUUGGUUUUCUAAUAGGCGUGAUAGUGUUUAUCGUUGUUCUUGUUUUAAUAAGUAUUUUCGUAUGCGUAUAUUGUCGCAGAAAAAGAGGACACCCUGGUCAAGUGUGUCAACCGCCUCCACUUCUAAGUACUACAAUUCAUAUCCACAAUCCGCUGCCAUUCGGACACGCUGGCUACAGUCCGGUUAUGAUAAUGACGUCAAACGUGACGCCAGGAUCAAUGCAACAAUGGCAGCAGCCGGUGGCUCCGCCAAAGUUCGAAGAAAUUGAUUCGCAACAAUGAACAGAAAGGCGAAUAAUAGAAUGAAAUAUGGAACGUUAUCUAAAAUGAUGAAGAUUUUCUAAAUUACUAUAUCAAAAUAUAAAUGUUUCUCGAAUUUACUUUUCUUCUAUUUGAUGUUGUGUAAGCUCAUGCAUUCUUACUAUCGAUUAAUGAGUUUUACGUUUGUGCCAUUAUUCCUGACCAAUAUGCAUCGUGAUAAUAGAAGAAAAAAUUCACAACUUGAUCUAAAAUUAACCCUUUUU